GUGAGGUCGUCAGUGUUGUCUUGACCGUGAGAGGUGGAGGGUUGCUAGAGCUCUCUGGCCGCACUUCGCCUCAAGUAACGCCAAUAUACCUGUGCCAUUACAUGGAAUACCUCACAAUAUAUCGUUUGUGUUGCUGACGUACAAAGCCAAAUUAUGGUGAUACCCAUAUAUUAAAAAGACACGUUCUGGGAAAGAUCAAGAUGGCUGACCGGGACCGUAGGAGUAAAAGUAGGUCGAUUAGCGACGACGAAUUUUUCGAUUCAUUCGACUUCUUGAGGGAUCAUGAGGGCAAAGAAGACAGCUCCUGGGACCAGAGCAUGUGUCCUCAUGCCGAUACUGCAGGGUCCGGGGACGACAUUCCAGUUAUGACUUCAACACCGGAGAGCAAGAAUAAACGCAUCGGCGCACGGCGCACUGAGAACAGUUCGCGUGGAGAACGAAGAGACCUGACCGGCCAGGACGCCACUACUAGUAGGCUCAGCAAGAGGCCAUCGGUUCUCAAGUGGUCAACGAUGGCACGGGAGGUGAUGCAGGGUGGCGGCUCCGACGACGAUAACCGCUUCAGGAGGUCCUCCAGCAGCUCCAGCAACUCUAGCAUGGAGAGGAAGAUAUCGUCUUCUUCCAUGCUGGAGGACAUUGCCCAGGGCAACCUGGCCAACUGGGACCCGGAGACCUGCGUCACACUGCUGCGUAUCCCCAGUGUCUCCAACUACUCUGGUCUCAAGAAACUUAUGGAAGUGGCAAGUAAAGAAUGGCUGGAAGACUUCUUGAAUUUGGAUGGUUUAGGAGUCUUGUUUGAAUCCUUGGAGCGCCUGAGUGAUCGACGCUUCAGCUCCAUUGCAGAUGCUUUGCUGCAACUUGAAUGUGUACUGUGUGUCAAGGCUGUCAUGAACUCCAAGACGGGGCUAGAGUACAUCAUCAACAGUGAUAAUUACACACGGAAACUUGCUAAGGCGCUGGACUCUCGCAACAUGCUGGUGAAGAAACAAGUGUUUGAGCUGCUGUCUGCAUUGUGCGUGUAUUCAGAGAAAGGCCACGCUCUGGCUCUCGACUCCCUCAAUAAUUAUAAAGUAUUGAAAACCAAACGAUACCGGUUUACGUUGGUUGUCCAGGAGAUUCGUAAUGCAGAGGUCUCGGACUACCAAACGACACUAGUAGCCUUUGUUAAUUGUCUUGUACUUGGUGUCAGCCAUUUGCAGGCACGUGUUGCCAUUAGAAAUGAGUUUAUUGGGUUGGAUUUCUUGAAUAUACUUCAAGAUUUGCAUAAAGUAGAGGAUGAUCAGUUGUCUCUACAGUUAUCAGUAUUCGAAGAUAGUUAUGAAGAAGACCAGGAGCAGCUAUAUGGAGAUGAGGGUCAACUUAACAUCAACCACUACGAUGCUUUUAAUACCCUCUUCACUAAGAUCCGAGACACGCCACACUCGCUCCUGCUGUUGGCAUUGAUUCAUAACCUCACUCAACUUGAUCCUGACAAAGAAGACAGCGAUGCUGUAUGGUCAUUACUGGAUCGUGUUGGUGCUCGUGCUGUAGAGGGGACCUUGACUCUCACUUGGGCAGAAUCCGUGGCAUCGUCCCAAGAUUUUACCCGCAGUGUUGCCACCCAGACACUCUCCCGUCAUGCCACUCGCACGCACUUGUCUCCAAGUGUUAACCACGUGUUACCUGAGGGAUUUGAGGCACGCCCUUUCCCAUCAUCUAGCCUUCCUGCCAAGGAUGAUGGUAGUGGUGGAGAAACAUUAAAACCUUCGUUAAGGAAUGAUAUUGCCAAUAACACUCGAGAGGAAUCGGAAAUAACCUCGGCUGAUUUUCCUGAUAAUUGCUGCAGACAGACAGAUUUACUUGUUGUAGGAAAUAAUGAUCUAAAGUCUUCACUACCUCUUUCUCAUCAUCCUCCUCCCUGUCAUGGAGGGCCUCCUGCACCACCACCUCCAGGAUAUACAGGACCACCACCACCACCUCCUUCCCCUCCUUCAAUAUAUGCAGGACCUCCAGCACCACCACUUCCAGGAUUGGGAGGUAUACCUCCUCCACCACCCCCUCUAGGAUUGGGAGGUAUACCUCCACCACCACCCCCUCCACCCCCUCUAGGAUUGGGAGGUAUACCACCACCACCACCCCUUCCAGGAUUGGGAGGUAUACCACCACCACCACCCCUUCCAGGAUUGGGAGGUAUACCACCACCACCCCCACCACCUCCAUAUUGGGAGCUAUACCAGUAG